ACCGGUCCGCCUGCUCAGAUCUGCCGCCGAACCCGGAUCGGAGGCGACUUUGCGGCCAAGUGGGCGCGGCCGGUGCGAGCUGGGGGGCAGGGUGCCCAGGGCAGGGGGGCGGUGACCCGGGACAGUGCAGGCGGGAGAACAGCCCCUCGGACCUCCGAGGGAAAUCUGAGCGUUCAGACCGUGAGCGGAUGUAAAAUUGACCAAGUCUGGGGGCCAGAAACUGAUCAGCGCUGCGGGGCUUAACUACGCGGCCGGCGGGAGCGUUCUCCGGUAGCGCGGGGGAGCAGGUGAACAGGUCCUCACUCCCAGCUCCACGCCCUCACGCGCUCUCGCCAGGGGACAGGUUCCCGCCAGCAGCCAUGGGCCCCGGCCCCAGCCGCGCCGCCGGCGUCCUACGCCCGUUGCUCGGCACGCUCGCCUUGAUGGUGGCCGCAAGCAACCGCGCCGCCUCCGCCUUCAACCUGGACACCCGAUUCCUGGUGGUGAAGGAGGCCGGGAACCCGGGCAGCCUCUUCGGUUACUCGGUCGCCCUCCAUCGGCAGACAGAGCGACAACAGCGCUACCUGCUGCUGGCUGGUGCCCCCCGGGACUUUGCUGUGCCCAAUGGCUCUACCAACCGGACUGGUGCUGUGUAUCUGUGCCCACUCACUGCCCACAAGAAUGACUGUGAGCGGAUGGACAUCAAGGAGAAAAGUAACCCUAACCACAUCAUUGAGGACAUGUGGCUCGGCGUGACUGUGGCCAGCCAGGGCCCUGCAGGCAGAGUCCUGGUCUGUGCCCACCGCUACACCCAGGUGCUGUGGUCGGGGUUAGAGGACCAGCGGCGCAUGGUGGGCAAGUGCUAUGUGAGAGGCAACGACCUGGAGCUGAAUGCCACGGAUGACUGGCAGACCUACCACAACGAGAUGUGCAACAGCAACACCGAUUACCUGCAGACGGGCAUGUGCCAGCUGGGCACCAGCGGCGGCUUCACCCAAAACACCGUGUACUUUGGCGCUCCUGGUGCCUACAACUGGAAAGGAAACAGCUACAUGAUUCAGCGGAAGGACUGGGAUUUGUCUGAAUAUAGUUACAAGGACCCAGAGGACAUAGGAAACUUCUAUAUUGGCUACACGAUGCAGGUGGGCAGUGCCAUCCUGCACCCCACAGACAUCACCAUUGUGACAGGUGCCCCGCGGCACCAACAUGUGGGCGCUGUCUUUUUGCUGAGCCAGGAAGCAGGUGGAGACUUGCGGAGGAGGCAGGUGCUGGAGGGCACGCAGGUGGGAGCCUAUUUUGGCAGUGCCAUUGCCCUGGCAGACCUGAACAAUGAUGGGUGGCAGGACCUCCUGGUGGGUGCCCCCUAUUACUUUGAGCGGAAAGAGGAAGUAGGGGGUGCAAUUUAUAUCUUCAUGAACCAGGCAGGCACCUCCUUCCCCAACCACCCCUCCCUCCUUCUUCACGGCCCCAGUCACUCCGCCUUUGGCUUCUCUGUGGCAAGCAUUGGUGACAUCAACCAAGACGGAUUCCAGGACAUUGCUGUGGGAGCCCCAUUCGAGGGCUUGGGCAAAGUGUACAUCUACCAUGGCAGCUCCAGGGGGCUCCUCAGACUGCCCCAGCAGGUAAUCCAUGGAGAGCAGCUGGGACUGCCUGGCCUGACCACCUUUGGCUACUCCCUGAGUGGGCAGAUGGACGUGGAUGAGAACUUCUACCCAGACCUGCUGGUGGGGAGCCUGUCAGACCGCAUUGUGCUGCUGAGGGCCCGGCCUGUCAUCAACAUCCUCUACAAGACCUUGGUAGCCAGGCCGUCCAUACUGGACCCUGCAUUCUGCACGGCCACCUCCUGUGUACAGGUGGAGCUGUGCUUUGCUUACAACCAGAGUGCAGGGAACCCCAACUACAGGCGGAACAUCACCCUGGCCUACACGCUGGAGGCUGACCGGGACCGCCGUCCACCCCGACUCCACUUUGCUCGCAGCCAGUCAGCUGUCUUCCAUGGCUUUUUCUCCAUGCCCGAGAUGCGCUGCCAGACGCUGGAGCUGCUCCUGAUGGACAACGUCCGCGACAAACUCCGACCCAUCACCAUCUCCAUGAACUACUCUUUACCUUUGCGGUUGCCGGAUCGCCCCCAACUGGGGCUUGGGUCCCUGGACGCCUACCCGGUCCUCAACCAAGCGCAGGCUCUGGAGAACCACACGGAGGUACAGUUCCAGAAGGAAUGCGGGCAGGACAAUAGGUGCGACAGCAAUUUACAGAUGAGGGCGGCCUUCGUGUCUGAGCUGGGGCAGCGGCUAAGCAGGCUCCAGUAUAGGAGAGACUUCCGAAAACUGCUCCUGAGCAUCAACGUGACCAACACCCCAAGCCGAAAGCGGGCUGGGGAAGAUGCCCACGAGGCGCUCCUCACCCUGGAAGUGCCUCCGUCCCUGCUGCUGUCCUCAGUGCGCCCCCCUGGAGCCUGCCAAGCCAAUGAAACCAUCGUUUGUGAGCUGGGGAACCCCUUCAAACGGAACCAGAGGAUGGAGCUACUCAUUGCCUUCGAGGUCAUCGGAGUGACCCUACACACAAGGGAACUCCAGGCGCAGCUGCAGCUCUCCACGUCGAGUCACCAGGAUGACCUACGGCCCGUGACCCUGCCUCUGCUGGUGGACUACACACUCCAGGCCUCACUCAGCAUGGUGAAUCACCGGCUACAAAGCUUCUUUGGGGGGACAGUGAUGGGUGAGUCUGGCAUGAAAACUGUGGAGGAUGUGGGAAGCCCUCUCAAGUACGAGUUCCAGGUGGGCCCAAUGGGUGAAGGGCUGUCAGCCCUGGGGACCCUGGUCCUGGGGCUGGAGUGGCCCUAUGAAGUCAGCAAUGGAAAGUGGCUGCUGUACCCCACGGAGAUCACUGUCCGUGGCAAUGGAUCCUGGCACUGCUGGCCACCUGGAGACCUUAUCAACCCUCUCAACCUCACUCUCUCUGUUCCUGGGGACAGGCCGCCAUCUCCACAGCGCAGGCGGCGACAACUGGACCCAGGAGGAGGCCAAGGCCCCCCGCCUGUCACUCUGGCUGCUGCCAAAAAGGCCAAGUCUGAGAUCCAAUUGAGCUGUGGCAGUGACCACACCCACUGUGUGUGGCUGGAGUGCCCCAUUCCUGAUGCCCCUGUCAUCACCAACGUGACCAUCCAGGCACGAGUGUGGAACAGCACCUUCAUCGAGGAUUAUAGAGACUUUGACCGAGUCAGGGUAGCCAGCUGGGCCACCCUGUUCCUCCGAACCAGCGUCCCCACCAUCAACAUGGAGAAUAAGACAGUGCGGUUUUCCGUGGACAUUGACUCUGACCUGGUGGAGGAGCUACCGGCUGAGAUCGAGCUGUGGCUGGUGCUUGUGGCUGUGAGUGCCGGGCUGCUGCUGCUGGGGCUGAUCAUCCUCUUGCUGUGGAAGUGCGGCUUCUUCAAGCGAGCCCGCACUCGCGCCCUGUAUGAAGCUAAGAGGCAGAAGGCGGAGAUGAAGAGCCAGCCGUCAGAGACGGAGAGGCUGACGGAAGACUACUGAGGGGGGCAGCCCCCACCCCCGGCCCACCUGGUGUGACUUCUUUAAGCGGACCCGCUAUUACCGGAUCAUGCCCAAGUAUCACGCAGUGAGGAUCCGGGAGGAGGAGCGCUACCCACCUCCAGGGAGCACCCUGCCCACCAAGAAGCACUGGGUGACCAGUUGGCAGACUUGGGGCCAAUACUACUGAUAUCCUCCCUGAUUGCACCCUGCUCCCCCAGUGUCCCCUUCUUCUAUUUAUCAUAAGUUAUGCCCCGACAGACCACAGGGGCCGCUGCCUUUGGCUGGCACCAGCAGGCUCGGGCACACACACCUUUCAAGUGCAUGCACGUGCUAUGUGGCCGUGGCCUUCUCCCUGAAGGAAGGCUAGGGCUGUGGCCCGUACAUUGCUGAGCACUGCGGCCCUGUGCCCUGGACACAUAUGAGCACAUGUGGGUCCCACUGCUUGUAGACUGUGCUUGUGCACCCCGAAUGGUGCAUGGCCAUGCGUGUCCCAGCCUCUACGAGUGCCAAAACCAAGCCAAAGGCCUUCUGCCAGAGCCAGGAGGAAGAGGCCCCCAAUGGGUGACCCUUCCUCUGUUCACACUGGACCCAUCAUGAGCCACAGGCACUGGAUUGACCCUGACCUCGAGAUGAAAACUACUGACAAGGAGCAGACCACCAGAGCCCCAGUGCAGCUCCUAGCACCCAUGGCAAAGAGUGGGGACCCUGCCUGAAGUCGUCCAAGGAGGUGUUCACAGGAUCUGGCAUGCUCAGACCAAGAGCAGAAUGAACUAGAAAGAAGGUCCCCAGGGUGGCUUUCUUUCAUGAAUUGCUGAGAAAACCUCUGAACUCAGCCAUGGCCAUCCCGCGCGCUAGUAGGAAACGCAGCCGGAGGAAACAGAGGUGGACAGGCUGCUAGGCAGCCGGGACAUGCUGUGCUGGGACCACUCUGGAGCAUGAUGGAAUCCUCAGUAGAGUGGGGACCGGUCUUGGGCCAAGGAGAUGAUGGACGGGUACAGAGCAGAUACCACUUCUCACCCACAUUACCAUCCUGGCCUUGAAGGCCUGGAGGGAUCUCCACGCGAUCACAGAGGGAGCAACACUUGAAUGUAGAACAGGGAGGAAGCCCCAUCAUGCCCCAUCAGCCAGACUCCACUCUGCCCUCACUGACCAUGGGUUGGAGACCUAGAAGUGGAGCUCUUGGCUAUCCUUGGCUUUUGGAGCCAGUUCAGCUUUGCCUUCUCACCUGUGGCCCAUUCUAGAAGUUGAGCUGUUUCCAGAAAACCUGUCCUGACCCCAGCCUGUUGGCGGGUCCCCUCCUCAGCCCCUCCCCUCCUUCCAUGGUACUGUAGCAGGGGAGCCCCCUCCCCCUCCUUGUGCCUUCUUUGUGUACAGGCUUCUCACGGCAACCAGUAAACAGCCCCCUGUUUGUA